CUGAUAGAAAUGCAUGGAGUACCAUCAGGUCUCGUAUUUAUCAUUUACUAUCCGAUCAUUGCAUCUGUCGGGAUUCCAGCUAACCUGGUUGUGAUUCUGACGCUGUGUCACAGACGAUGUGGUCUUUCUGGAUGUAUUAUUUAUUACGUGGUGUCCAUGGCAACGGCAGAUCUAUUCGUAAUGAUCACGGCUGUACUAUUGAACCGGAUAGCUGGAAUUUAUUUUCCAACUAGUUUUCUGUCAAUUACACCAGUGUGCAGUCUUCGCAAUGCCUUUAAUUUUGCAGCCAUUGAUAGUUCUGCUUGGUUAACUGUAGCGUUUACCUUUGAUAGAUUUGUGGCCAUUUGUUGCCAGAAACUGAAAAUUAAAUAUUGCACUCAGAAGACAGCAGCUUGGGUUGUAGGAACUGUGUCCACACUGGCCUUCUUUAAAAAUAUCGCCAGAUAUUUUGUUUAUGAACCAACAGUUGUUAUUAAUGACAUGCCUUGGUACUGUGGUAUUAAGGUAAUAUUUUAUACAUCACCUGUGUGGGUCGGAUAUGAUUUGAUUAGUUCCAUUUUAACCCUAUGUAUCCCAUUCAUUCUAAUUUUACUACUGAAUGCUCUGACCGUGAGACAUAUUGUAGCAGCCAAUGGAACCCGCAGGAGACUCUGGGCCCAGAACAGUGGAGAGAAUCAAAGUGACCCAGAGUUGAGUCCGGGCUUGAUAGCUUGGCAGGACCACAUUGGGCUUAUCCAGCAGCUCCAGCACCAGACUCCACUGAAUGAAGCGCACCGCCAGGCGCUGCAGUCGAACAUACCAUGA